CACAAACAAAGCUUUGACUGUGUAUGCACCCGGAUGUAGCGGCCAAUAGCGUAGAUAAUGGCGCUCAACGUUAAAUAUGAAUUGUCAUUCUCUGUGCAAUAGAAUUCGCCAUCAGCUUUUUUACAUAUGCUAAAGAUGACUGAAAGAAUAUAUAGUUUAUAUUGCGCCAUAUUCCGUGUUUCAGUAGCAUAAAAGGCAUACCUUAUAUUACAUUUAUUGACAAAACACUGCGUAGAGAUUAAGCCAAAUUCCACUUACAGUAGACAUUAAAUUUUUGUUGCUACGACGGAAUCUUGUGAAUCAGUAAAUUAUCCGCGAAGAAAUAAACUCGUAACACAAGAGCACGAUGUCUCUUCUCCGAAAGAAAAGUUCCUUGCGAGCCGAUUUAAGUCAGGUGAUAAAGAAGAAGACAGUACACGAAAUGGUUGGAAAAUUACGAGGAAGAUACCUGUUUCGUGCAGCAGUGAGACUGGUAUUUGAAUAUAUGAGCUGGAUAACGGCCGAACCAACCGUCGAAGAAGCCGUCGAUGACGUAACGAGAAACGUUAAAAAGGCACAGCAAAAAACAGGCCCAGAAAAACGAGGCCUUACGUUACAGGAUCGCUCAAUUCUAUUAACCAAACCCGGACAACGUACCAGAGAGAAUAGAAAUCAUAUUUCACAAAUUUUAAAAAAUUUUCAAGCUUUCAAACGAUAUUCUGAAGAAAUAAAGGAAUCAAUUACGGCUGUUUGUCGCUAUCAGUAUCUCGGUCCAGGAAGGGUCAUAGUGCGACAAGGUCACAAGGCUUUUGCACUUUAUUACAUCCUUAAUGGCGAAGUCAACUUGUCCCGCAUCGUCAUGAACAACAUUACAGGUGAUGCCACGGAAAUAAAUGUUGGUACCAUGAGUCCUGGAGACAUGUUUGGUGAGAUAGCAUUGCUUUAUUCAAUUCCAAGGACAGCUACAGUCGUUAGCAAAACUCCCGUGGAUCUCUUGUAUAUAACGCUUGAAGACUUUGAUAAGAUUCUUAGACCCACUUUACUUGAAGAAUGGGACGAAUUGCGCGAUGCUUUAAUAAAUUUCAAUUACUUCAAAGGAUGGAAUGAGAAUACGAUUCGAGAAUGCUGUAUAUUAAGUCGUAUCAAACAUUUCGAACCCAAUGAAGUAUUGCUAGGCGAUGGAAAGGGAAUGGUAAAUUCUGUUUAUUUCGUUCUAGAAGGCGAAUGUCGUCUGAUAGAACAUAUGUUGGUGCAUGAACAAAUAAAAAGGAGAGAACAUAAAUAUCGUUUAUAUAAGCCAGUAGAUCUUAAUUUAAUUGAUAAGACAAAUUCUAAUGAGGGAACUGAUUCAGUAAGUCAGCAAGAAGAGAGCUCAUUGAUGAAAAUCAAUCAAUCUGAUAUUGGUUCGCUAUCGGAUAUCGAUUAUACUCAAGUUUUAUUGUCCAUGAGACCUACUGGAAAUAUUGAUGUAGAUAGGAUGAGUAUUGUAACGAUGACGUUACAGGACGUUGUCAAUCAGUGGCACGAGAUAACAGAUGUUGCUGAAAUGUUGAUGAGAGAACCAUCUUCGAUUUCUCUUCAACAAUAUCCAAAAAAUGUGCGAACAGUUUUUAUGAAAAUUUGCCAAUUUCACCGUGGUGCCUGCUUCGGUCUUGGUGAAAAAAUGAUGAACCGAAGAAUAGUAUCGAUUACGCGAAUGAAAUGUUUAUUGGUACCACGUUAUUGGCUCUUGGAACAUAAUAGAGCAAAUAUUUGGGAACGUGUUAAAUUGUUUUUGGACUCGAAAUAUCCGAGCACAGAGAAGCUUUUUGAAAAAUUCGUGCGCAACAGGAGAUGGUUGAGAUACAAAAAAGAUCUGAUAGAAGAUAUUGUUAAAAAUGGCAGAAAAAUUCAAAAUAAUACGAGCAUUCACGAUGUUCCUUAUUCUAUCAGGAUCAAUGAGGAAAUUAUGUUUCCGAACUUAUAAUGUUUUCU